AUUGGAGAAGGUCAAUCAACCUCUAGGCCACCGCUCUUUGAUGGCACCAACUACACAUAUUGGAAAGAGCGGAUGAGAAUUUAUAUCCGCUCAACCAACUUUCAGUUGUGGUUGGUCAUCAAGAAUGGCGAGGAAAUUCCAAUGAAGAAGGUUGGUGAAAAACUCGUCCCAAAGACCGAGGACGAAUUUGAUGCCGAAGACAUCAAAAAGGUGGAGAACUACGCCAAGGCUAUCAACAUGUUUUACUAUGCCGUGAAUCCUGAUGAUUAUCGCAAGAUCUCUUGCUGCACCACUGCAAAAGAAAUGUGGGACAAGCUGGAGGUCACAUAUGAAGGUACGGACCAAGUUCAGGAAGCCAAAAUUGACUUCCUAACGCAGGAGUAUGAGAUGUUCAGAAUGAAGGAAGGCGAAAAGAUUGAUGAUAUGUUUGAUCGGUUCUCAAAGAUCAUCAACGACCUUCAUGCACUCAAGAAGACUUACGCCAACAAGGAUCUUGUGAGAAAAAUCCUGCGGAGUCUCACACCCGAAUGGAGAUCAAAGGCAGAUGCAAUCUACGAAUCCAUUGGAGUCUCAAAUGUCACCAUCGACGGGUUAAGAGGUAAUCUCAAAACUUAUGAAUCUACUAUUCUAACCCCGUCUUUGGAUGAACAAAAGAAGAAGGGAAUAGCGUUGAAAGCAACCAAGGAGACCAUGGAAGAAGUGUCAAGCUAUGACGACAACGAGUUCGAACUCGUCAUCAAGAAGUUCCACAAAUUCAUGAAGAAAGAAUUUGAAAGGAAAGGAAGAAAGCACGACGGACCCCCGAAGUGCUAUGGUUGUGGUGAGAUAGGCCACAUUAAGCCAAGGUGUCCAAAAGGCAAAAGCGGCAAGGACAAACCUGGCUUCAAAAAGCAACGCGCCUACAUCUCAUGGGGUGGCGACUCCGGGGAUGAGUCAACUGACCAAGAAGAGGAGGAAGCCGCCAACCUCUGCCUCAUGGCACACGAAGACCACGCCGACGAAAUACAAGAGUCCCCUCAUAUUGUAUUUUCCGAAGAUAAUGCUCGCUUGGCGAGAAAGGCUAUUUGUGAUGAUCUUGCAGAUUCACUAGAGAGAGUACACCUUGAAGACGAUGAAGAAGACACACCAUUAUACACCAACCCGCAACCACAACCUAAGGAAACACCUCAAGUGAUGGUCGAAAGUGAAGACCAAGCAGACGAAGAAGAACAAGAGGAAGCCCAGGAACAAGAGGAAACUGAGCUUCCCAUCACUUGGAGAACGCACAGGAACCAUCCACUUGACCAGGUAAUCGGCAGCAUCAACCGCGGGGUAAGUACUCCCGAAGCCCAGGCCCGGGCCAACCUUGCCUCCAUCGCCGACUCCCUCAACCGGCUUCACUUCAAAGUUGACGGGAUGGAUGGCUACCUUGAGCGGCUCGACGAGGCUGUUCAACGCCAAGGGCACGCCAUGAACGCAUACUUCCAACGCGUUAACUACGUCCCCCCACCGUACCAUGGCACGUUCUUUGGGCAAGUGUACGGUGACGAGGACGAAGAGGAUGGCUCCUACGCCCCGUCAAGCUCCCCGGACGAGGACGAGUUCGACGACACCGUUGACUGUGAUGAGAUGGACGUCGACAACGACGAGGAGGAAACCGAAGACGAAGACUAGGCCGCCCCUAGAAUUUCUAUCUCUUUUGUUUUAAUUAUCCUGUCUCUUAAUGCUUCCGUUGUACUCCGCUAUUUCCCAUCUUCAAUAAAUAAAAAUAAUCUUUUAUCUUUUUGUUAAUGUCAAAAGGGGGAAGAAAAGGGCUAUGCAUAU